CAAGAAAAGGCCGGCGGGGCGGAGAAAGUCUUGGGUUUCUGGGGCCUGAGGAACCCUGGGUUCAAGUUCCGAUCCUGAACCCCGAGCAGCCCAGGCUCCCGUUGGGCGGCUUAGGUUCAGCUGGAAUUCGGCAGACCCACCUCAGAGCGCGGUCUUUGUUGGAAAGUGCUAACGGUCCCUGCUGGAAUUUGCGCCUCGCGUAUCCUGGGGCUUCUGAUACCCUCCGCCAGGCCUGAACUUGGGACCCACCAGCACCCCGUUCAGAGUGUCAGGGAGUAUCAGAGAUCAGAGAUCUUCGAGCUCUACCAUACAGAAGGCACCAGAAACGUCUGGUCCUCAGGGGGCGCCUCCUUGUUGAUCCAUCCGUUGCCCGCUGGAGGAAGAGGAGCAGCUCUCACCCUGGGGCCCUCCGGCCUCGUAAGAACCACAAGUCCUCGAAGUCCCUUGCCGCGGGCGGUUCUUCCUGCCGUCUAACCUCAGGCGCCAGUUUCUUACCUGCUCAGAGGACCAGCCAGUAGCAAGAGCAGAACUCCAGAACGAGGGAGGCCGGGGAGCUCCUGUCGAGAGCUCGGGAGCGGCCCAGCUGAGUAGGAUGCUGGGACUCUCAGCCUGUCAGUCCUUGAGGGGCCACGCCCGCCAGCAGGCCGUCACCGUCCACCCUGCCAGAGGAGGCAAGAUGGCGGCUGGGCCAAAUGGGCUUGAGGAGUGGGUGGGCAGUGCCUACUUAUUUGUGGAGUCCUCGCUGGACAAGGUGGUCUUGUCGGAUGCCUACGCUCACCCGCAGCAGAAAGUGGCGGUGUAUAGGGCUCUCCGGACUGCCCUGGCAGAGAGUGGCGGGAGCCCCGACGUGCUGCAGAUGCUCAAGAUCCACCGCAGCGAUCCGCAGCUGAUCGUGCAGUUGCGUUUCAGCGGGCGCCAGGCCUGCGGCCGCUUCCUCCGCGCCUACCGCGAGGGGGCGCUGCGCGCCGCGCUGCAAGGGUGCUUGGCGGCGGAGCUGACCCUGCACUCCAUGCCGCUGCAACUGGAGUUGCGCGCCGGCGCGGAUCAGCUAGAUGCCUUGCUGACCGACGAGGAGCGCUGUUUGAAUUGCAUCUUCGCCCAGAAGCCCGACCGGCUCCGGGAUGAGGAACUAACAGAGUUGGAGGAUGCGCUCAGGAAUCUGACGUGCGGCUCGGGGGGCCAAGGGGGCGACGUGGAGGGCGCUCCGGCCCCCUCGCAGUCUCUGGCACCCUCUCCGUCGGAGGAGAAGCCACCACCGCCGCCGCCGCCGUCUGGCCAGACUUUUCUGUUCCAGGGUCAGCCCGUAGUGAACCGGCCGCUGAGCCUGCAGGACCAACAGACGUUCGCGCGCUCAGUGGGCCUCAAGUGGCGCAAGGUGGGGCGCUCCUUGCAGCGCGGCUGUCGUGCAUUGAGGGACCCGGCGCUUGACUCACUGGCCUAUGAAUACGAGCGUGAAGGGCUGUAUGAGCAGGCCUUCCAGCUGCUGCGGCGCUUCGUGCAGGCCGAGGGCCGCCGCGCCACGCUGCAGCGCCUGGUGGAGGCGCUCGAGGAGAACGAGCUCACCAGCCUGGCAGAGGACUUGCUGGGCCUCACGAAUCCCCAUGGCGGCCUGGCCUAGCCUGGGUACCAGAGAAAGGGGCGGUCGGCCAGUUGCCCAGCCAGGGUUUGGAGCACCUGGAUGACUGUAGGGUCCCUUCUGCUGCUACUGCUGACCUCCGGUCCACCCACGGGACUCUGAGGCCACACUUAAAACCAGAGAUGACUGCCCUCUCCAGGAGUCGGACAAGCACCCACAAUGUCUGCUGGGGUGCCACUGGGGGUUCUGUUCUAGAUACUAGGAUAGAGAGAGCGUAUGGGGGACCUGCUGCAAGAGGUCUGCCUCACCUUUUCCCACCGCAGAAGAGGGGCUUUCAGCCAGACCUUACCUCUUCAUUCAUAGAACAAUUUAUUACUAUUCAUUAAUUCAAUAUAAUUCAUUAAGGACCUGCUGUAUCCUAGGCAUCAUCCUGGGUGCUGCAAAUACUGUGGUGAACAAAACACAUGAAUCCUGCCUGUCCCCAGUUCACACUCAGUCUGGGACUCUGAAUAUUAAGAAACAGUAAUAAAAUACUACCAGUUUUUUGAUGUGAAAAAUA